GGAGGAAGAGUGGUCGACGAUGUGUCUACAGAUUGUGCGGGAAAUCCAUUUGUGGGGGAAGUAGAGAAGCGAAGGAACAUUUCUUCAAAAGCAAGGAGUUUAGAUGCCCGUCGGGGACCCCUGCUGUGUAUUAUACCAUAUGGGCGAAGAACAUGGACAAGUGUCCGAAGGACUUUGUUGUCUCGAUUGAGGAGUUGAAGAGGCUCCCUCCUGGCGCUCCGGCAUUCCAGUGGCCGACACUUUUAUUCCCAGAGGACUCAGAGCCUCGCCGGUCGCUUGCUAGUGAGGCAGGGCCGUCUCGCGGUGCAGUUGGUGCACCGGUUCUGGCACCUGUGGCGGGAGGACCGUCGGCCGGUGCAGUCCCACCGCCGGUACUUGGAGGGAUCGCGGUGCCGUCGGCAGAGGCAACGAGACCGCCACCUGCGUCGUUCGAGGGUCACCGUGUCUCUCCGUCGGUUGGAUUGCAUCCUAUGUUCACGACUACUGCGGCCAGAGCAUUGGCUGCAGCAGGAGCUCCUCUUGCGGGUGAUCGAGGCACAGCUGCGGCAGCCACGGCUCGGUGGUCUCCACCUCGACCUCCACGUUCAGCUCCAUCUUUGGCAGCGGCUGACUUGCGGGCGCCACAGCGCACAGGCGCGGUACCUACGUCGCGGUGGUCUCCUCCUCGUCCUCCGCGUUCAGCUGCCCCUCAGUCGCACCCACCACUGCACCAGGAUGUGCAGGGGACUGCAGCUCACACGCAUCCACCAUCGACUCAGGCGGCAGAGGGCGAGGGUCCGCCCCCACCAAUUCCACUAUCUGAUUCUUCGCCCACGUCUGCUGCCGAGACUGCCCCCACAUUCGCUGGUGUGGUCGCAGGGGAUUUGGAUCCUAUGGAGCGGCGACGCAACAUUCCACUUCCACAGGCCGCCACACCGGCGAGUCCAGCUGGUUUGUUUGACAUGAGUGCCUCUGGUACGGUCGCACGAGGGAGGGGCACAUACAAGCAGCAGGCGGUCACCUCAUAUUCGAGGAGGACGAAAGCGUCAAACAUAUUUUGGAUUCCGUGUGUGGCACAUGUUAUGGACCUCAUCUUGGAGGACAUUGGGUCGAUUGGAUGGGUGGCAUCACGCAUUGCUCAGGCGCGACUCGUCACGAAGUUCUUCAAGCGCCAAAGUCACGCACGCGAGGCUUUGGAGAAGAAGACGAAGCUGAAGUUGUUGCUGCCCGCAGAGACUCGUUUCGGCACCAACGUCAUCAUGAUCAGGAGAUUGUUGGAUCUGCAGACCCAUCUCAUGCAGGUCGUUACCGAGGACCCAUGGCGCGACACUGUUUGGGCCACGCGGAAGGUCGGUCAGGAUGCCGCUGAGAUCACAGUAUGUGUGGGGUCUCCUCCAUGGUGGGAGGAUUUGAGGCGUUUGUGUAAUAUCAUGGACCCGGUCAUGGAGAUGCUGCAGAUGCUGGACAGUGACACACGGCAGAUCAGCAAGGUCCUGCGUCGGUUUGAGAUUAUGAUCGCAUCCUGUCUUACCGCGUGCGACUCCCUCACCGCGACAGAGCAGGAUGAGAUCCUUGAGGUUUUCGACAGGCGGCGCACCCUGUUCCGUACUCCAGUGCACAUAGCGGCCAUGAUGCUUGAUCCUGAGUUGGAGGUUGGACGGGCUGAGAAGCUCGUGCGGUGCCAUUGGAACCUCCGUUUUCUCGACCGUCCAUCUCUGACCGAGGAUGCUCCUCACGACACACCCGAUCAAUUCGGGAAGUGGGUUCACUAUUGGCAGCAUUUGGAGGACGAUUUGCCCACUGACCAGCCGCUUGUUGCGGGGAGUGGAGCAAGAUUGGCAGCCACACAGAAGGAGAUGCGUGUGGCGAGGGAGCGGAUGCGCAGUGUUUCUCGCAUGGGCACCGAGCGCCGCCUUGUCCAAUCGGACAAGAGACGACGUGGACGUGUUCGGGGUCGUGGCGGGYGUGGUGGGCGUGGGGGGCKUUSUSGUCGUGGACGAGGUGGGCRUGGGGGACGCGGACRUGGAUCAGCGGGCGGGAUAUGUCCUCGUAGUGCGCARCCUGGGCUGCGUGAUGAGGCGAUGGUCGACCUUAUUCGUUUCCCUCGACAGCAUUGGGACGAGGGUGAUUUUUUGUAUCACAGCUCCGAUAGCGACGACGAGGAUUUCUUCUUUACCGCCAUGCCGCGAGGCGGGGACGACGACGGCAGGCCGGACGACGACCGUCCGGAUGGUGACGAUAGUGAUGAUGGAGCGGGCGAUGGUCGGGACCCUCGAUCGUUGAGACGAGGUGGUGGCACUGGUGGGAGAGGUGUUGUUGCACCACGAGAUGCAGCACAUGAUGGCGGAGGAUUAGACGUCGUCGACAGUGGAGGCGGCUCAGGCGGGCCACAGGCCGAGGAUACCGGAGCAGCGCUCGAGCGUACACGUGCGGAUGUGGCUAUGGACGCCGAGCAGCAUGCGGGAGUGGACGUUGUCGACGGCGGAGGCAGCAGGGAUGGACAGGCCAGUCCCCCGCAUGGCUCGAGACCUCRCCUCGUACRAUUGCGGCAUGGGYCGAAGAGGACACAGUCGAUUGCCGAUCGUGUGCGGCACCGCCACGGGACCCUCCCCCCCACCGUUCGUCCACGAGCCGUUGAGUCUGAGCUUGUCCCCGUUUCCGAGGACUCCAUGAGUGAUGGGCCCGUCGAUGAGCGACACCCGUCACCUGCCGGCUCGGCGCGGGAGACACAUCCGAUUGCCGACGGGGCACAGGAGGACGCACAUCCAGUUCAUGGCGCAGAGCAGGACGCACAUCCACUUCCACACAGUCCAGUGCUCGGUGGUGGUAUGGACGCGGUUGAUGUGUGCAUGGAGGUGAUGGAGGCGAUGGACUUAGGAUGUCCCCCUGCGCCGAUGACGGACGUAGAUCAGCGCGCCGAAGCGGCGAGUGGAUUACCACGCACAGAUAUCUCAGGAGUGUCUACCAUGGAGGAUGGUGAGAUAACUCCAGUGGCGGGAGGCGUAGGAGACGGGAAUGUUCGCCUCUCUCACCCCACCGGCAGUCUUCCUCGAACUGCUGACCUGCUCUCCAUAGGUUCUGCACUCGAUGGGCUCCCCGACAUCCGCACCCUCGUCUCACCGUCAUUGCCGUACGUGCAGCCCCCUUGCCCUGAUGGUGGGAGCACCCGGGCCGCACGAGACGAGGAUGUCGGCCUCGCGUGCCCCGACGGUAGUCUUCCUCGCAUAGGCGACAUGGUGGGCAUGGGCACGCUCCCCGACAGCAUGUUUGGUGCUGACACGAUUAUUCCACCAUCGUUGCCGCUCAUGCCGUCCCCUGGCCUCCAGGGUGGGCCCGCCCGCGACGCAACAGACAGAGGGUUUGACGAGUUCGGUGGAGAUACGAUAUUGUCUGUCAUGGCCUCUGCAACCCCAUCCAUAUUCCGGGUGGGGAAACCCCACGAGGGCGCUCUAGGCUUGGCCGAGACCACGACACUCCAUGGAGGUCUGCCACAUACGAGGGACGGGCGUAGCUCCGCACAACGUAGCCUCGCUGACUCUUUGGACGGAGCGUCUUCUGACAGCGGCGCGCGAGAGGGUGCGCCAUUGGGUGGACUUGGAGGGGAUCCUUGUGUGGGAGCACCGUCGACGACCAGGGGUGGAGAGGGUCGAUCAGGGGCACCUCCAACCAGCGCGAGCCACGCAGAGCCUGGGAAGGACAUUACACCAGCUUCGUCGGCUGCCGGUCGCACUGGUGACAGACCUGCCACGCGCAUGGAUUCGGCUGCCGGUCGCACUGGUGACAGACCUGCCACGCGCAUGGAUUCUGCACCACAUGCGGCCGGGAGGGGCAGUAGGGAGGAGCGACAGGGAGGAGCUUAUGCGGGGGGGUCUGGCCCACCUGUGCCAAGGUUGGCAGCAUCGUCUUUUUACGACCGGGGGAGAGCAGCACCAGUCGAUGGCGGAACCGCGGCAGGGAGGAGUGCAUGCGGCAUGCCAAAUGUGCCCUUUGGAACACGUUCCAUCGGCGCUGUUGGCGGUCGUAACCAUGGUGCGAUGCGUGAGUAUGAGGACCAGCAUGGCAAACGGCUGGCCACGAAGACAUCAGAUGUUGCCUUCACCAGGGUGGUGAAGGCUAGUAUGUCGUGUGCAAAGAGUAAGGGCGGACACGAGAGGUCUUCACAACAUUCGAGUCGUCGUGGCACCGCACCCAGGGAGUCUGUGCAUGGUGACACUCAGGACGAGGAGGUUGCUGCAGCGCAUGGUGGUGUACCGUAGGAUGGACAGGCAGGUGAUGGAGGCCGUUCACGCAGAUUGUCACGCGUGCAUGACAGCUCCG